CAGACAGUGAGCUGAGAUCGAAGCAGCACUCCAUCGGCAGACCUGAUCCAGACAGCAGAGCUCUGCAGACGAAGCUGAGUGGCUGCAGUUUUCACCGACAUGGAAAGGAUCCACCAGAGAUCAGACUGUGCAUCCAUGAGGAGCGACAAAUCAAUAAAUUUUAUCCCUGACUUUAAAGGAACCCAAGCAUCUGCUGACAAAAAAGCCAAUCAGAAAACCUCAUCUGCUUCCGGUUCCCAGUCUGGCCAGCAGCAUCUAACUGACCUGGAUUCCAUAUUUAUGCGCUUGAAGGACAUGAUUUUCACUUUUGAGAUGAGCGAGCUACAGGAGAUGCAAAAUUAUCUAAAUCUAGAUGCAGAACCCUUAGAGAGUCAGUGCGAAGAUAAGAAGGUGGUAGACAGUGGAGAUAAGAAGCAGAGGAAGAGAUGCAGGGAUGCAUUUUCACACAUUGCACAGCACUUUCUGAGGGAAAUGGGGCAGGAGGAGCUGGCUAACCACCUGCAAAGAAGAAACCCAGAUCCAAGAACUGAGAGUACAUUUAAAUGUAAGCUGAAGACAAAGUUCCAUUGUGUGUUUGAGGGAAUGACUCAACCAGGAAACCGAACUGCUCUGAAUCAGAUCUACAUUGAGCUACACGUCAUAGAAGGAGAGACCGGCGAGGUCAAUGAUGAACAUGAGAUCAGACAGAUUGAAACAGCAAUCAGGAAAUCAAACAGAGCAGAAACAAAAAUCAGACAUGAAAACCUCUUUAAAGCCUCGCAUGGAGGAGACAAACCAAUCAGAGCAGUGCUGACAAAGGGAGUCGCUGGCAUUGGAAAAACAUUCCUAACACAGAAGUUCACUCUGGACUGGGCUGAAGGCAAAACCAACCAGGACAUCCAGUUCAUGUUUCCAUUCACUUUCAGAGAGCUGAAUGUGCUGAAAGAUAAAAAGUUCAGUUUGGUGGAACUUGUUCAUUAUUUUUUUAGGGAAAUCAAGGAAGCAGGAAUCUGCAGAUUUGAAGACUUCAAUGUUGUGUUCAUCUUUGAUGGUCUGGAUGAGUGUCGACUUCCUCUGGACUUCCACAACACUGAGAUCCUGACUGAUGUUACAAAGUCCACAUCAGUGGAUGUGCUGCUGACAAACCUCAUCAGGGGGAAUCUGCUUCCUUCUGCUUACAUCUGGAUAACCACACGACCUGCAGCAGCCAAUCAGAUCCCUGCUGAGUGUAUAGACAUGGUUACAGAGGUCAGAGGGUUCACUAACCCAAAGAAAGAGGAGUACUUCAAGAAAAAAUUUGAAGAUGAGAAGCAGGCCAAUGGCAUAAUUGCCCACAUCAAAAGAUCACGAAGCCUCCACAUCAUGUGCCACAUCCCAGUCUUCUGCUGGAUCACUGCUACAGUUCUGGAAAAAGUAUCAAAUACCAGAGAGGAAAAAAAACUGCCCAAGACCCUGACUGAGAUGUACAUCCGCUUCCUGGUGGUUCAGAAAAAAAUGAAAAACAUCAAGUAUGAUAGAGAAUCUGAGUCAGAUCCACACUGGACUCCAGAGAGCAAGAAGAUGAUUGAGGCUCUGGGGAAACUGGCUUUUGAGCAGCUGCAGAAAGGCAACCUGAUCUUCUAUGAAUCAGAGCUGACAGAGUGUGGCAUCAAUAUCAGAGAGGCCUCAGUGUACUCAGGAGUGUUCACACAGAUCUUUAAAGAAGAGAGAGGGCUCUACCAGGAGAAGGUGUUCUGCUUCAUCCAUCUGAGUGUUCAGGAGUUUCUGGCUGCUCUUCAUGUCCAUCUGACCUUCACCAACUCUGGUGUCAACCUGCUGGAAGAAGAACAAACAGCAUCAGUGCCGACUGAAGAGCCUUCAGUGAGACACUUCUACCAGAGUGCUGUGGACAAGGCCUUAGAGAGUCCAAAUGGACACCUGGACUUGUUCCUCCGGUUCCUCCUGGGUCUUUCACUGCAGACCAAUCAGAAUCUCCUACAAGGCCUCCUGACGCAGACAGGAAGUGGCUUGCAAAUCUAUCAGGAAACAAUCCAGCACAUAAAAAAUAAAAUGAAUGAGAAUCUCUCUCCAGAGAAAAGCAUCAAUCUGCUCCACUGUCUGAAUGAACUGAAUGAUCAAUCUAUAGUAAAGCAGGUCCAACGUUAUCUGAGUUCAGGAAACCUGAGUAUAGUUAAUCUUUCUCCAGCUCAGUGGUCAGCUCUGGUCUUCAUCCUUUCAUCAUCAGAAGAAGAUCUGGAUAAAUUUGACCUUAAGAAAUAUUCAGCUUCAGAGGAGGCUCUACUGAGGCUGCUGCCAGUGAUCAAAGCCUCCAAGAAAGCUCUGCUCAGUGGCUGUAACCUCACAGAUAGAAGCUGUGAAGCUCUGUCCUCAGUUCUCAGUUCCCCGUCCUCUAGACUGACAGAACUGGAUAUGAGCAACAACGACCUGCAGGACUCAGGAGUGGAGCUGCUGUGUGCUGGACUUGGGAGUCCACACUGUAAACUGGAAACCCUCAGAUUGUCAGGCUGUCUGAUCACAGAGAAAGGCUGUAGUUUUCUAGCUUCAGCUUUGAGCACCAACUCCUCUCAUCUGAAGGAGCUGGACUUGAGCUACAAUCAUCCAGGAGACUUGGGAAUAAAAUUGCUGUCUGCUCAACUGGAGGAUCCCCAUUCAAAACUCAAGCUGGAGCCUCAUGGAGUCCAGUGGUUGAGACCAGGUCCAAGGAAAUAUUUCUAUGAUCUGACUCUGGAUCCAAACACAGUGCACAGAAACCUCAAACUGUCUGACAACAACAGGAAGGUGACACGUGUGGAAGAGGAGCAGUCGUAUCCUGAUCAUCCUGAAAGGUUUGAUCACUGGUUUCAGCUGAUGUGCACUAACAGUCUGACUGGUCGCUGUUACUGGGAGGUUGAAUGGAGUGGAGAGGUUCGUAUUGCAGUAGCUUAUGGAGGAAUCAGACGCAAAGGAGACGGAGAUGACAGCUGGUUUGGAAGGACUGAUCAGUCCUGGUGUCUCUCCUGUAAUGAGGAUAGUGGUUACUUUGCAAGUCACAAUUAUAAUUCAAGAGGGAUCACUGUUUCCUCAGCCUGUGACUCUCACAAAGUAGCGGUGUAUGUGGACUAUCCUGCUGGCACUCUGUCCUUCUACAGUGUAUUUUCUGACAAACUGAUGCACCUCCACACCUUCAACACCACAUUCAGUGAAACUCUGUAUGCUGGGUUUAGAGUGAAGUCACUUGGUUCCAGUGUCUGUCUCAGUGUUAACUCAGAAUAGUGAAUUUACUAUGAAGAAAAAAAAAAUCUCAUAUCGGGAGAAAAACGUGUAUGGAUGUAUUUUUUUUUUAACAGAAUGGUGCAGUCUAGCAAAAUCAAGACAUUUGAAAUCUUUUAUAGAAUAUGAUGCUUUACUGUAGAUAGCUGGGAUAUAAAAUAUUUAAAAUAAGCCCAACCAUAACCAUUUAAAGUACAAUUUAAUCCAUAUAACGCUGAUGGGGACCACUAUUCUGCAGAAUAAGUUAUUUUACUUAUGAUAGUUUGCCACUAAUGCACAGUUCUGUUCAGUAAGGUGCUCUAGUAUUACUACUCAAAGCAUGGUUCUAAAAACAUCCUGCACCACUUGUUAUAGUCAGCUAAUGGUAGUUGGCAGUUCGAGCUCUCAGGCAACAUUGUAUUAAAACCUGUCAUGAUUCUGUCAUGGACUGCAUGGACUCAGGAACACUUCCAGAAAUAACUGAACACAGCUCACUGUACCAUCCUCAAAUGCAGGUCAAAGUUCUAUCAUGCAAAGAAGAAGCCACAUGUGAACAUGAUCCAGAAACACUGCCAUCUUCUUUGUCCCAGUGCUCAUUUAAAAGGGACAGAGACAAAGUAGAAAACUGUUCUGUGGUCAGCCGAAUCUAAUUAUUUUUGGAAAACAAAGGAGGAGAGAGAGACCAUUUGGCUGGUUAUCAGCACUCAAAAGUCUCCAUUUAUGAUGGUAUCGGGUACAUGAGUGCCGAUGGAGUUGGGAGUUUGCACAUCUAGGAGGCAAGUCUGUGUGCUGAACUGGCCUACCUUCAGUCCAGACCUUUCACCAGCAGAGCUGGGACAGUUGUCUUCUAUCAGACAAGAAUGGGACAACGUUCCUCUCCCAAAAGUCCAGCAGCUGCUCUCCUCAGUUCAAAGACAUUUUUAGACUGUUGCUAAAAGAAGAGCAGGUGUUACACAGCAGUAAAUAUGGCCCUAUCCAAAAUUCAUGGCCAUCAAAUUCAAAAUGAUCUGAUUCUGGGUUUUUUUCUUCUCAAAAUGGCACAU